ACAAUCAGCUGAGAUUCAGCGCUGUUGCCAUGGCUGCAGAGGCCGCAGAGGUUUUGAUCGCUCGUGGACCUGUGCCCGCUGAAGCAGAGCUUGGGACGUGGAUCCCUGCGAAUUGGAGGACUUCAGCCUCUGCAGGCGUUUUGGGCUUGGCAUUAGCUGGCCCAGCUGGAGGUUUCCUGGGAGUGGUGAAUACUGUCAUUACUGGCCCUGAAGCAAUGCAGCCAGAGUCUGCACUGGGGCAAGCCACGCAUUACACAGUUGCCACUGGCCUUGUUGUUGCCUGUGUGGCUGGCGGUCACAUCCUACUGGCAACUGCUGGCAUUGCUGGCUUGAGCUUCAAUGCUGCGCAAUAUAUGAUGGAGCCAGGAGCAGACUGCAAUCAUGACAGCCAAGUGAAUGAAGGUGAAGCGAGAGAAGAGGAGCAAGACACAGAGUCCUUGGCGUCCGUGGAUGACGAGCUUGCAGAUGAGAUUCAGGAUGUGUCGGAUGUGCCUCCCCCGCAGAGCUGGCUUUCGAGCUUGCCGUGCUUUGCAGGAUGUGCCGGAUGGAUGUUCUCUUCCGCAGCGCCAGUGUCUGAAGAACCAGAUUUGGACGUGGGAGAGCAAAGGAAACAUUUGCUCCGACGCAGCCACCGCAAUUUGAGGGAGUUGGAGGGAAGUGACGCAUCUUUUCUCCUCUUCGAGACUACGAAUCUUCCAAAGCCAAAGAUUCAAAGACGCUGCGAUGCUGCAAUGCUUCGUCCUGUCACACCUCUGGCAUUGAACAACGGAGGUAAAGAAGCAAUUGUAAACGAAUACUUCACCGGGCACGUGCUGAUGAUGCAUCGCCCGAUGGAGACACAGACACAGCAGACGCCAGCUCGGUAUUCUGAGUACUUUGCGAAGAAGACCCGUCGGUGGGAACUGCGACUGCAAGGUAGAUUUCACAAGCGUCCAAACGGCAAGCUCUACAUGGGCGUGGUCUUGAGGGAUUUUGACUACAGCGUGCCUCUGAGCUUUUUCACAUCCUGGCUAAGCACUCUCAGCAUCACACCACUGGAGUAUGUUGUUGGAAGCAAAGUCACCCUCAACUUCGGAGAUAGGGAGCAGGCCACAGAUCAGAAGCAGCCACUCAUCAAUCUUGGUUGCUUAACUCGUUUGUGUUGUCACGGCUUAUUAGAGUCAAGUGCCAUGGGCAAAGCUAGGGUAAAUUGCCAUAUUGGGGGAUGGUAA